AUGAGUCGACAACUGAAUGCAAGAACUUUGGGUGGAGGGAAAGGGUUUAGCACUGGUUCUGCCAUCGUUUUCGGAGGAGGCAGGAGCACUGUGCCUUCUCCAAGUCAAAGGAGCAUGGGAGGAGGAAGUGGAAAUUAUGGCUUUCACAGUCGGAGCCUUUAUAAUCUUGGGGGAACGAAAAGUAUUUCCCAGAGUGUGGUUCCAGGAGGCAUUCGACGUGGAGGUGGAUUUGGUAGAGGUGGUGGGCUUAGUUUUGGUGGUUUUGCUGGGGGAGGGUGGGUCAAUGGCAGCUUUGGCAAUGGAAGAAAUGGGCUGGGCUUUCCCCCCUACCCACCGGGUAGCAUCCAAGAAGUGAUAAUUAACCAAAGUCUCCUGGCACCACUUAACCUGGAAAUUGAUCCAGAAAUCCAGAAAGUGCGCAAAGAAGAAAGGGAGCAGAUCAAACACCUCAAUGACAAAUUUGCAACUUUUAUCGACAAGGUUCGAUUCCUGGAACAGCAGAAUAAAAUCCUUGAAACAAAACUGAACCUUUUGCAGCAGCAGCCCAUAGCCCACAUGAAGAGCAAGGUCGAACCUCUCUUUGAGUCCUACCUCCACAGCCUGAGAAAGCAACUAGAUUCUCUGACAAAUGAAAGAGGAAGGCUGGGCACAGAACUGAAGAAUAUGCAGGAUCUUGUGGAAGAUUUUAAGCGAAGGUAUGAGGAAGAAAUCAACAAGCGCACAACUGCAGAGAAUGAAUUUGUACUGCUAAAAAAGGAUGUAGAUUCAGCCUAUAUGAACAAGGUGGAACUGGAGGCCAGGGUAGCUUCUCUGGCUAAGGAGGUCAAUUUUCUGAGAAGCCUCUAUGAGGAGGAGCUGGCACAGAUGCAAAGACAGGUAAGCGACACAAGCAUCAUCCUCUCCAUGGACAACAAUCGAGAUCUGGACUUGGACAUUAUCAUUGCUGAAGUCAAAGCUCAGUAUGAAGAUAUGGCAAAUAGGAGUCGAGCUGAAGCAGAUGCCAUGUACCAAAGCAAGUUUCAGGAACUUCGGCUGACAGCUGGGAAGCAUGAUGAUGCCUUGAAAAACUCCAAGAUGGAGAUUUCUGAGCUCAAUCGACUGAUCCACAGGCUGAGAGCAGAGACUGACAAUGUGAAAAAACAGUGUGCUUACCUUCAGUCAUCCAUUGCUGAGGCCGAAGAACGUGGAGAGAUAGCCCUUAAAGAUGCAAGGGAAAAACUGACAGAACUGGAAAACGCUAUGCAGAAAGCAAAGGAGGAGUUGGCCCGACUUUUGCGAGAUUACCAGGACCUUUUGAAUAUCAAGCUAGCCCUCGACAUUGAGAUUGCCACCUACAGGACACUCCUGGAAGGCGAGGAAUGCAGGAUGUCGGGAGAAUGUGGCAGUGCUGUAAACAUAUCUGUAGUUAGCAACAGCAGCAUGGCUGGAGGAAGUGGAGUGGGCCAUGCUGUGGGACUGAAUGGAAGUGCUGGAGGUUCAAGCUCUGGAAGUGGCAGGGGCAUUGUUGGAUAUAGUUCUGGAGGUGGAGGAAGCUCUCCUGGCCUGAAAUUUAUAUCAACAACCUCUACAAGCAAAAGGACAACCAUACGAUGAGCCAUAAGCAUAACUUCCUGAAAAACCCAGUUGAUGACUUACAAAUCUUUGAGGCUUGUCAACACUAAAUGUCUGCUGUGGAGAAACUUGCA